AUGUAACACGGAUAUGUUGAGGGGUUGCAACGUAUUGUGGAAUUAGGUUAUACUAUUUAUUUAUAUUUCUUCGAAAUAUUCUAGAUUCUUACCGGCACAAACAAUUCGCAGAUGGGCUAUGGAAGAUUGAUCUUAACCCCAACAGUCGGAAAAAGAAGCGAUGGAACUACAUACUAGCUCCGCCACCAAUCCCUCAUAGGUGAAUAGCUGAUUUCCACGGGCACGUAAUUUGAGGAUAGCAUUUCCCCCUCUCGUUUUCUGGUACUUUUCUCUUCUCUCUUUUCGAUACACUUUAUCGAAUCAUCGCUGGCAUAGCUCCAUAGCCUUGGGUUAGAUAGUCAUACUCAAUGGCAUCAUGGCAUGGGUAAUCCGUCACGCCCGGGAUUUCUCGCCUAAACUGGCAAUACCCCGGGGUCAAGCAAGGAGGUUCAUCGCCGUGACGGUCCAUCGGCAGGGCUGCUCGGGCACGUCUUUCACGAAGCAUAAUCCACAUCAAAAACAAUCCACAAAAUACGGGCUGAUAAUUGCUUGGGUUCCUAGACCUAUUGUCGAUGUAACCUCGAAAUACGAGAUCGUUAUAGCUUGGCAAAAUGCUAUCGUACUUAUUGAAUAACGAUGGAUAUAAAGUCGUGCUUUUCACUUUCGUAACACCGCACCUCGAGUUUGAGGCACACAUCUUUUCGUGUGUAAACCUGCCGACAACAAUAUGCGCGUAGGACACUUCCUGUUACCGUUGCUGCUCGCUGCUUCCGGCAGUGCGCAGAGCGCUGAAUUCAUCUCACGCCGUGACCUCAAUGGCACCUUGAAAAUCGGUGAAAAUGCCACCCCGAGGCGGUUCAUCGUCGAGUUGAAGUCGCGUGCGCACAGAGCCCACGUCUCGGCCAAGGUUACGGGACUCCCCGGGCUCCGUGUUGUGAAGGAGUUCGAUUCGGAUCUCUUCCCGGGCGUAAGCAUCGAGUGUGAGAGUCACUGCAGCGCCGAGUCGCUCACAGACGCUCUUGACGCCGAUGAAGAUGGCCCUGUCGUAGCAUCGGUUUACAGAUCAACCCUCGUGCGUCUCUUGCCACCCGCGAUAGAAGGCGAGUCGUUUAGUAACGACGCGGCCGCUGCUAAUUACUCGGUCCAUGGCUCGACAGGUGUCGAGAAGCUACACCAAGCCGGAAUCAUUGGCGAGGGUGCGAUAAUUGCUGUCGUUGAUAGUGGCGUCCAAUAUACCCAUCCUGCGCUCGGUGGAGGCAUUGGCCCCAACUAUACAGUAAUUGGCGGUUACGAUCUUGUCGGCAGCGCAUGGCCUGAUGUACCAGCCGAGCCCGACAACGAUCCGAUGGACGAAUAUGGCCACGGCACCCAUGUCGCAGGAAUAAUCGCAGGAAAGAGUGACCAAUUUGUUGGUGUUGCUCCAGGUGCCAAAUUACUUUCCUUCAAAGUCUUCGGAAACAGUGGCUAUUCAAACGAAGAGACGGUUAUCGAAGGGUUUCUCAAAGCCUUCGACUCGGGGGCUGAUAUCAUUAGCGCAAGUCUGGGAGAGAAUAGCGGCUUCACCUCAAAUGCUUGGGCCGUACUAGCUUCGAGGAUGGUCGAAAAAGGCGUAGUUAUUUCUAUUGCUGCAGGAAACGAAGGCGACAAUGGCCCGUUUGAUGCCAGCAACGGAGCCUCGGGGAAGAAUGUUCUUACUGUAGGAGCUGCUGAACCCGGGGCAUUCCCUGCCCAGGCUUUUUCGGCGGACUUUAAACUGGGUGGCCAGUCAAACGAGACACAGAUCGCUUACAUACCCUCGUCCAGCUUUUUCCCUAAUACCAUCCUCGACUGGCCUAUCAAAGCGGUAUCGCUCAACUCAUCAGUAGAGGAUGAUGCCUGCAGCCCACUGCCGGCUGACACUACCAGCUUCAAUGGAACUAUCGCACUGGCCAGAAUUGGAGGGUGUGAAAUUUCCGUCAAGCAUACCAACAUUGCAGCCUUCGGCGCACAAUACGUCUUAUUCUACAAUGAUGACAGACCGUACCAAACGUUAUAUACCAGCAAUACCACUGGCCUCAUAGCAGCCAUAGAGGCCCGCUCAGGUAAAGCAAUUGUCGACGCAGUCGCCGCAGGUGUCGAGGUUACGGCGUCGUUUGACAUCGACACCGCCCACUACGUCGGCCUUUACAAUUCAGGUAGCGGCCGUCCAGCGCGAUACACGUCCUGGGGAGGAACCUACGAUCUUGCACUCAAGCCAGAUAUUGCCGCUCCGGGUACCAAGAUCCUUUCUACUUAUCCAACCGACCAGUACCGGGUACUCAGCGGCUCAAGCAUGGCCACUCCAUAUAUUGCUGGCGUAGCCGCGCUGUGGGUAGGCAAGUUUGGUGGACGAGCUGCCCACGCAGAUGAUCCUGCGUGGGCUAAACGACUUACCGCCAGAAUCAUGGGCACCGCACGCGCUGUUCCCUGGGCUGACUGGUCUACAAGUACUACCGACUACGGGUUCUGGGCGCCGACUACACAAGUUGGUGCUGGGUUUGUUGACGCCGAGCGCGUGUUAGAAUAUUCUACAGAGCUCGGGUUCGAGGGCCGCAAGUUCGAGCUUAACGAUACAGCUCACUUUACCGGUACGCACUCGGUUGACAUCACUAACUACGGGGACAAGCCUAUCACGUACACGUUUUCGCUACAGGAUGCCGGCGGCUACGAUUCGUGGAAUCCGAUUGUACCGGGCCACCCACAAUCAUUUAUUCCCGGGCUCAAGCUCUACCCAGAGGUAAACCCAGUAAAGAUGACCCCUAAGAUUUCAUUCCCUAAGGGGGACUUCACUGUUGCUCCUGGCGAGAAGAAGACAGCUGAAUUUAUUUUCACCGCCCCAGAAGGACUCAACACCAGCAGCCUACCCGUUUACAGCGGCAAGGUCUUAAUAAGCGGCGAUAAUGGCGAGCAACUUGGCGUUCCUUACUUUGGUGUUGCUUGCGACCUCAACCAAACCAUUACCAAUAUUUGGGACUACGGUAAGAACUACCCUUGGUUGACAUCUGGGGUCUCGGACAAUAGAAUCCAAAAGAAGUCCAACUUUACCUUCAACCUAUCCCGCGAUGCGCAAGACUUCCCUAAGCUUAAUACUGAGUUCGCCUGGGGUACGGAAGAGUUACGCUGGGAUAUCUUCGACGAAGAUUAUACCGAAUCCGACUGGACUUACCCACCUCAGGUCGGCAAGAAUAAGUAUGUCGGAUCGGCCACAAGUUGGAACGGCACGUCAAAAUCUCAAUGGUUCACACCGGGCCAAGACAGCGAGGAUGAUAUCUUUUCUUUCCCGCUAUACGACCAGCCGCGCAAUAAAUGGGGAAUCUACUACUGGCUAGGGCGGUUCGCCAACGGAUCGAGUAUCCAGGCUGGAUCUUACAGAUUCCGCAUCGCUACUCUGAGACCGUUGGGUGAUCCUCAAGUAUCGUACGAUUGGGAUAUUUGGGAGACGCCAAAGGUUACAGUCCUACCACUAGCGGAGACAAAUACAUCGACUUCAAGAUAGCUCAUUUCUUGUAUAGGUAGGUAGUUUACGCUAGGAACAUUUGACAGGAGUACGAUAGCGAUGAAAUAAAAGAAUGGUGUUAAAAAGAAUGAAGUGCAUUAGGAGAGGUAGCUGUGGCCUUGAUUAACAGUCUUAUGCAAAUGUAUACGAUUAAAAGGGUUUAGAUCGCAAGCUAACAGGUAUGUUGCGCGGAGAGUGGUAAAAAAAAAGAAAGAAAAAAGAAAACGUUAAUGUGAAUCUCUCGAUCGGGGAAUUGAACCCCGGCCACCUGCGAAUUCAAUGACAAGCAGGUAUCCUAACCACUAGACGAAUCGAGACUUUUCUUUGGUGGUGAUGGAGAUUCGCUCGCGGUAGAAUAAUUUAUAGGGCAAGAUUGUAUCAUUUGUGGGUCCACCGAAUAUUACCAUACUAAACUCAAC